AUGUCAUCAUCAACAGAUAUUACUCAACAUGUGUCCAGUAUUGUAAAGUUAAAUCGGCUUUUAAUCUUGACAGCUGCUAUUAUUGCUUGCUGUUCGUGUAUUAAUUCAAAAACAACCGAUCACGAUCAAUUACAACAACAUCAAAUUAUUAAUAAUAUUUAUCCAACUGUCUUAUCUCGAUAUGAUUCCGAUUUAGUUGAACGAGCAGCACCGCGUUUUGGCCGUGCUUCAGCUCGACUUGGUCGGGCAUCAUCACGUCUUGAUCGACAUGUUGUUGAUUUGAUAUUUUCACGAUUAAAUCAUGUUGGUCAAUAUUAUAAUGCAGAUGACGAUACAACAAACGAAUAUCCCUACGAUAUUGAAUCUUCGAUACAAGAGAGACGAGCAGCACCACGAUUUGGACGUGCCAUUAAACUUGAUCAACAUCAGUAA